AUGGCCAAAAGGGGUAGGCUAUCAGGCGGACAGCUUGUAGGUAUAAAGAAAAGCUUAGGUGCGGAAUGGCGGGUGGCUGAAUGGGAGUAUGGCUUUAUCAUUAAGUUCAGGGCAGAAAAAUGUAUUAUUUCGGUCUACAAUAAUAUUAAUAUGAGUAUAUUAGAACCGAAAUUAAAAGAGCUCUUAGAAAUAAGUAUGUGUGAGUUUGACUCAAUAAUUAUCUGUGGUGAUAUGAAUGCGAGGGUUGGAUCGGCGCAAAUGUGCAACGGUAUGGAUGAAUGUGAAUGUCGGGUACAAUCAAGAAGGACUCAAGAUGAGUCAAUAAAUGAAAAUGGGAAAAAAUUAAUCAAAAUAGGCGAAGAAAUGGGUCUAAUGUUAUUAAAUGGUAGAUGCAAGGGUGAUGAAGAGGGAAAGAUAACAUAUGUUGGGUGUGAUAAGCAAUCCAAAGGAUCGGUGUUGGACCUAGUAAUGAUCGUUGAUCGCGGUGAUGAAGAUAUAGUGAAAAGAUUAUGUGUUGUUACACGCACUGAGUCUGAUCAUCUGCCGGUUACCUUUGAACUAGGGGCAAUUAUGGAAAAAGAACAGAGCAUUGAAUUUUUGAGGAGUGGACUGUGCAUUUUAGCACUCUUCUUAACAAGAAUGUCGAAGAAAAGGAAAAAAAGCGAAGUAAUGAAAAGAGCGAUCAGCUAUGUGAAGGACAUCCUAAACAUGGAAGAAGACAGGUGGCCGCGAAUAUGCCUGACUGAAGAGAUGAGAGCUGUGCUAAAUGGCAACCCAUCAAAGUGGGGUGCUCAGAUGGCGGGAAUCCUACAGAACUGGAAAGCAGAAGAAGUUUGUGAGUGGAUUUGGAAGGGUGGCAGAGAUGAGGAAGUUCAUAUUAAGCUCAUGGAAAGUCUAAACAACUGGUGGGAAAAAGAGUUGGAGGCGGAAUGGAGCAAAAUAGUAGAAUCAAAGUAUAACAGUCUGUAUAAAGAGAUCCUACCGGGUGCAAAUGGAGCAGCGUACUUGAGCAUGAAAGUUAAGCGGAAAAUGGACAAAGAAACAUGGGCAAGAAUUAGAUGUGGAAACGUAGGCAGGGCUGGCAAAAAGGGAUAUAAAGAUUGGAGCUGUAGACUAUGUGGGGGAGGGGAGGAAACUUUAGCACACAUCUGCACCUGUAGUGAAGCUUGGAGACUACAAACAGAUGAAACCAAAAGUUUUAUGGAAAUAUGGAAAGGUAAUCGGAUAGAAAGUGAGAUGCGUAGUUUGCUUGUAAAAACACUGAGAGGUGAAAUAAUUGAAGAAUUAUGUACGUUUAUAAGAGUGAUUGAAAAUAAGUUAAAAGAC